GCAGUUAAGAGUCUGUUCGAUCUCAGAACCCCCUUCUGGUGCCUUGCUCUACGUGAGGGCACAGGCAGCACUCGCACUGGCUGGAGAUGUCAGGCCCCUGAGGGUACCCACCUGGCACUUAAGAGUCUUGCUAUAGCCAGACGCCAAACACAGGACUUGGCAUGCAAUAGUUGCCCUAUAAAUAGUGGCACCUUUUUGGUUCCGAGGGUGCGGCUAACUGUCCAGGUUUGGCGGGGAAGGUGGAGUAGGACCCGGCGCCUGGAUGGCGGGUCCUAGGAGCCAGCGAAGUUGAUGUGCGCACGCUCCGCCUUGCGAGAGAGGUCCCACCCCUGGGGCCCUGGCCUCGCCCCCUGCGCCCUUUCCGGCGCCGCCUCCGGUGCGCGCGGCCAGCUGAGCCCCGGGAGCGGCGGUGAUCGCGACUGCAAUAGCAUGACUUUGGAGGCGAUCCGCUACUCGCGGGGCUCACUACAGAUCCUCGACCAGCUGCUGCUGCCCCAGAAGAGCCGCUAUGAAGCGGUGGGCUCGGUGCGCCAGGCCUGGGAGGCCAUCCGCGCUAUGAAGGUGCGCGGCGCCCCAGCCAUUGCGCUCGUGGGCUGCCUCAGCCUCGCCGUGGAGCUGCAGGCGGGCGCCGGGGGACCCGGACUUGCCGCGCUCGUGGCCUUCGUGCGCGACGCUCUGAACUUCCUUGUCACCGCCCGGCCCACCGCCGUCAACAUGGCCCGCGCCGCCCGAGACCUGGCCGACCUCGCAGCCCAGGAAGCGGAGAGGGAUGGCGCCACGGAGGAGGCGGUCCGAGAGAGAGUGAUCCGCUGGACCGAGGACAUGCUGGCAAAAGACCUCCGGGACAAUCGGAGCAUCGGGGACCUGGGAGCCCACCACCUCCUAGAGCGGGCAGCACCCCAGGGCGGCAAGGUGAUAGUGCUGACCCACUGCAACACUGGUGCACUGGCCACUGCUGGCUAUGGCACAGCCCUAGGUGUGAUCCGCUCGCUGCACAGCCUGGGCCGUCUGGAGUAUGCCUUCUGCACGGAGACCCGGCCCUACAACCAGGGAGCCCGGCUGACGGCCUUUGAGUUCGUCUACGAGCAGAUCCCCGCCACCCUCAUCGCCGACAGCAUGGCGGCAGCCGCCAUGGCCCACUAUGGAGUGUCAGCUGUCGUCGUGGGAGCCGACCGCGUGGUUGCCAAUGGCGACACGGCCAACAAGGUGGGCACCUACCAGCUAGCCAUCGCCGCCAAGCACCAUGGCAUCCCCUUCUAUGUGGCUGCCCCCAGCUCCUCGUGUGACCUCCACCUGAAGACGGGCCGGGAGAUCAUCAUUGAGGAACGUCCUGGCCAGGAGCUGACCCAUGUCAGUGGGGUCAGGAUUGCGGCACCCGGAAUUGGGGUUUGGAAUCCUGCCUUUGAUGUCACCCCCCACGACCUCAUCACUGGCGGCAUCAUCACAGAGCUGGGUGUCUUUGCCCCUGAGGAGCUCCAGGCAGCCCUAGGUGCCACGGUCACCCUAGAUGGACCCCAGAAGUAACCAACCUAGCUGUCCAUAUCCUGCCCCCAUUAUUUUUAUAAUAAACUUAUUGAAUGGCCUGCCCAAAAGCUGACCUUUUUCCCCCAACCACAAUACUUCCCAGAACAGAGAAAGCAGACAGGGCCUUUGCAUGGCUCUUAAGAUCCCAGCAGCUGAAGUCAAGCUGCCUGAGUUCAUAUCACAGUUCC